AUGCUGCCGGUUGGGAGCUGUGCGGAGUUAAAAGCUGCUGCAGCAACUACCAGCAGCAAAGAAGCUGCUGCUGAAGUUGGGUGCUCUCUUCUGCUGCCUCUGUCUCUAGACGAGUUGCUGCAGCAGCAUUCUCCUUCGGGAGGGCGUGCGUACGGCAGCAGCAGCAGCAGCAGCAACUGCAGCGGCAGCAGCAGCAGCAGCAGCAGCAACAGCUUCAAUCCGCAGCUAACUCCAGAUGCUUGCCCUCUUUCUAAUUUAGAAGAGCAACGUAGAGUUCGCUUCUGUGAGUAUAAUGAAGAGUGGCUGCUGACAGAAGAAGCAUCUCUCGCGAGCUGUGGGGCCCGUGUCCCUGAAGAUGUUGCUGUCCCAGAUGCAGCAGCAGCAGCAGCAGGGGUAUGGCCAGUUGCUUCUGCUGCAGCUGCUGCUGAUGAUGAUGAUGAUGCGGCUGCAGCAACUUCAGGAUCUGCUUGCAUGCAUGCGGCAACAGAGGAGACACAUCAAUCUACAAUUUGGGGUGUAUGUACACCUCAAAAUACAUCAAUGCAUCAGCAUCUGAAUUCUUCUUACCGCUGCCUCUCGUCUCCCCCUGCUUUUGCUGCUGCAGCAGCAGAAACAACAGCAGGAGAAGAAGAAGCAGGAACAGCAGAAGCAGCAGCACCAGCAGCAGCAGCAGCUGAUGCAGCUGCAGCCACAGCAGCUUCUAGCAGGGAGGAAGGAGAAGGAGAAGAGUUAGAAGAGGGGGGAUUUGCUUUUUGGGGGUAUAGGGAGACACCCCACACUCCUCCUGGGAUCGGAUCCCACGCUGCUGCUGGGAUCCGAUCCCAGCAGCAGCGGCAGCGACGCCACACGGCCCCACACCCUUCUUUAAGAACUGCUCUUAUUCGUUUUGCUGAUGGUAGCCUGCAAAGAAGGCUGCUGCAUGCACCGCCGUCUCCAGCCUCAAGCCAGCCCCACAAAUCUGCUGUAAAGCAGCAGCAGCAGCAGCAGCUGCUGCUGCAGCAGCAGGAAGGAGCUGCUAUGCUGCAUGCAGUGGCGUGCUACCAGAACAUUGCUCAGCCAGGUGUAUCAGCAGCAGCAGCAUCUUCAUUAUCAUCAUCAUCAGCAGCAGCAGCUACAGCAACUGCUGCUGCAGAUGCUGCUGCUGCUGCAGGCGCAUGCAGCCCCGAAAGAAGCUUGUCUAUGUGCAGCAGAAGCCAGCAGCAAUUAGAUAAAUCGGUGUCUUCUGUCUCUACAUAUUUGCAGCAAAAUAAGAGUACUGUUAUGUACGCCUGCUGCGACGCCCCCUUCGUAGAUGUAGCAGCAUUCAAACAAGAAUAA